AUGAACAGCACAUGCAACAUGACAAAAACCGUGGAUCGAUUCAACAGCAGCGGUCUCGAAUUCACUUAUCCGAUGAACUCGCAGCAUGCGCCAGGAAGGAGUAGAGCACAACUUCAGCCGUACAAUAGUGCGCAAACCAACAACACUGGAGCUUAUCAUGUUACACCAUGCUUUCGCUACCGCCAAACACAAGCUCCCGAGCAAGUACCGUUGGACUGGAACAUUCCUCUCCUUCCAGAGAUCUGCAAUGGCUUCCCAACAGUUUCUCAGUCUUUAGUACAAGACUUGAAUUCAGCGUUACCACCCUUUGGUGCAAGGGUCUACCCAAACAGGGGCCGGACGUCCUGCGGAGAAGAUGCUCUCCAGUGUUUCACUACCUUUACAGGUGGGUUUUUUAUAUUUCCCUCACGUCUUAUCAUUCACUUAAAAAUAAGCCAGCGGCUGACUUUUCACACGCAAAUUAACGCUAUAUUUACACCCAAGGCUCAACUUCGCACUUUUAAGAAUCUCACAAGUACGUGAAUUGCCCUUUGCUCUUGUCGUCAAAAAUGUGAUGUGAAUCAUCUUGUCAAAGAAGACAACCAAGCUUACAUUGAAGUUUUCAUGGUAUAAGAAUGAUCGGAAAUAUUGUUUUUGACGCCUUUAGCCGCUUACCGUACUUCUUAUCCGCGAAGGUAUAACUAAAACUCGUGACGCCGGUGUAGGAAUUUCGCGCGUUGAACAUUUGCCGAAGGUCUUAAAAUGACGCAUUGAACGUCUUUUCGACGUAAAUACUUCUUCCUCGUUGAUUCAGUUGGGUGAUUUCUCCUCAGCUUGAGAGAGAUGUUUUGUAGAGAAAACAGGACUGACCAUUACUCAGCUGACAAUCGAUUUAUUGAAAAUGUAAUUACUAAAAGGCCGCCCAAGAAGAUAGGAACGUUCUCUGCGUUCUUCGAGUAAGGGCAUCCAAGAAAGCCAAAUUGAGCUCUUUGAGGUCGUUGAGUGAGUACUCUACAGAAGUUCCGCUGUGUUUAAAUCUUCUCGUCGUAUUCACAUGCACAAUUUUAUUUACUUAAACUUCAUUAAGCGAUUUUGCUAAACGUUCAAUUCCUAAUGUCAUUAAAUUUUGUUGACAAAGUAAAACAACUAAAAAAGGAAUCUAAUUGGAGCUCUGACUUCAGUCCUAUCAGCGAGAACCCCUUCUCGAUUUCUGUACUUGUCAUUCAAGUCUGUCUGGGAGUGACCGUUUAUUCACAAAGAAGACUUCACAUUUGAGAAAAACAACUAAAUUUGAUCUAUGAAAUGGUUUGAUUUAUCAAGACUAUAUUACUUCGAAACCAGUGACAAACCAGGUUGUAAACUCAGUUAUUGAUGAAGUUCCAAUUUCCCGCAUGCGACGAAGGAGAUCGCAAACAUUCCAACUCUAUUCAUGAAGCUGUGACUUUGCACUGACUAUGUUCUGUGGAAUGAUUUAUGUGCGUUAAUCGCGCAUUCAUGUUCGAGGUGAGGUUUCAACCUAAGGGCUUCAGUAACACGUUUGAUCUCAUACAGAAAUUAGCUUGUUAGCACAAGCUCUGGAAACAACUCAGGCUGACCACAAAAUCCUUCCGUGUCAUUAUUUCAAUUCCCUGAUCUCUUCGCUAAUCCAUAGUUACGCUGUUUUUGUGAUUGUGCAUCAAAUUAACCGUAGAAUAGCUAAUUUCCUUUUAUAGUAGAUCGUUGUGACUUGAUCUUCUAGCCAGGAAAGUAAAAGCUGAGGAUUACUCAACCAAAUAUUUGCUCUGAGCUCGUAGUAUACUGAAGAUCAUCGCAGAUCACGAUAGAGCACAAAAUGGCCGAAAGAUUGUAUGUUGGAAACCUAACGUAGUUUUUAAUUUAAUUAGGAAAUGAUUCGAAAAAUUGUGCCAUCAAAGCACAGUGUCUGAGCAAGAGCUGUUUAAUUUUGACGUUCAGGCUCCUCGGUGCGUUUGUGCGUGAACAAUUUUGGUUAGAAUUUUACUUUAAGUGCCAUUGUCCCGAGUAAUUUAGGCUGGGUCCGACGGCGGACAGAUGCCAGCCGUUAAUUAAAUGCAAUAAGCACUUUUUUUAGUAAAAAAUGGUAUUUUAAUCCAUUUUGAUUUACGAUCCGUCAAACAUUUAACAGAACGGAUAAGCUUAGUCAGGCAAAUUUAAUUCUUUAUAGCACUUAAGUUCAGUAAUCUUCUUCGGUCAAAGAACACUUAAACGAAGACUCGAAAACGCUUUUAGAGUUUGAAAUGCUGUUUCUGAAUCGUUCAUUUCCAAACGUCAUACCGGUUAGAUGCGGCAUAUUCACCAGACUAACACAGUACCAUAAAUCUUUGUGUUACUUUCGUCAGAAGAGAGACCAAAAGGUCGGGGAAGGGAAUCUUGGUCGUCCGCCACGGUGCGCUCCCGAGCUAGAACAGCGUACACAACAAGACAGCAAGUCGAGUUGGAAAAAGAGUUUCUAUUUAGCCGAUACAUAACCCGUGCGCGAAGAAUAGAGCUGGCCAAGUCUUUAAGUCUCUCGGAAAAACACAUCAAGAUAUGGUUCCAAAACCGAAGAAUGAAAAUGAAAAAGAACGAGACCACGUUUGAAAGCACAAAGACAAGCCCCAGUGAAAUCCGAAGAUUGUACAGCAUGGCGGAUGAUUGA